CAAUGAAUCCAGCUUGCAAACUGAAUCUAGAUGGCAAAGAGUGUCAGGUGUGGAUGGACGAGGUGUGUGCCCACUGCGCCCAACUGCUGCCCAGUGUGGAGGAUGCCGAUCUCUGGGACAAGUGGUGGGCGGACGAGCUCCCUGCUCCUUUCAAGCCCAGAGUUAACCUGAUGUCCGCUUAUGACUGCCACAAGCUGCGCAAGGAGGUGGCCAGACAGGUUUCAUUACACGGGGAUAAGCAAUGGUAUGAGGACGGAGGAAACCCAGCCUCAUGGACGGUCUGUACGCUAAUCCUACUUAUUAUAGUGAUUUUUUGCUCGGUAAUAGCUUUGAUAUGUGCCUUGAAAAUCUUAUUUGAUGGAGUAAGACGAUGGUCGGUUCGCGUGAAAUGCCGUCCUACUAAGGUAGUUAAGGCCGAGAAGCAGGUUUCACCGAAACCACCAACACCGCCUCCCUGCAAGCCGAAAAAGGAGCCUAAAUCCUUUAUCUCCUUUGGUAGAAACACCGAUCCGCGAACCCGUUUUGGCCCGUAUAAACACCAGAAGCUUCUCAAGAUCGCCUCCACUAAGGAAUGCAAUCUGGUGGAGACCAUUUCAGCCAAGUCAAAGUCAUCACCCCGAGUGGCCCAGGAAAAGGACCAGCACGUCCAACGCCAAUCGAAGAAAAACAAAUCGGCCACAAAAUAACCGUCGAGGGAAGCUUUGGCCCCGGCCAAAAAAAAAAAAGAAAUCGGAAAACAAAUUCGAAGGCUGUCGGAGCUGUGCUCAAUCGCGGAUAAGAUUUAUGAAAUGUGUUCCGCCCCGAUUUGUUCUCUUUUUUCCCGGUUCGCUUCUAGUCGGUUUCGGUUUCGGUUU